ACUUGCACCGAGACGAUUAAAUUUCCAUAAAUAAAUUGGAAACCAGAACAUCAGACUCAUUCAACUGUAGAUUGUACGGUGCUAAAAGUCUGCAAUGUCGGUGGUUGUACAUUUCUCAACAUUUACACUCCUGUUGCUCAUCACAUCUGCACAGGGAUAUAAAGUGAACAUAACGAAUCUCGGAAACUGUGACGAUGUACAGAAUGUUAAGGUCAAUUUAACCAGCGUCCGAUACGAUUACAACGAUGACGGACUGUGUGACACAAUACAUGGCAGAUACUACGUGCACACGAUAGACCCCGGUCUUAAUUAUGAACUGUGGAUGACUCUCUAUCAAUGCUCAUCUACCGUCAAUGAUCAGUGUAAUGAUAACGCACGAAAAUAUGUAGUGCCGUUGCGUUGCGAAAAGUUGCAUGGUGAUAGUAGCGGACCAUGGUACAUGUUGGCGAAAGCAAUGAAAGGAUCUAAAUGUGGUGAAAUGACUGGCGAGUUUGACUUGUUGUCGGCUAAAUUAUUACCCGAAUAUUUGGAAAAUUAUUUGGUCGUUGAUCCACAUUUGACACGUCAUCGCAUACAAAUGCUGUUUCAUAAAAUUGGUGAGACUGGACACAAUGAACAUCCGAGGGCAUGUGUUAACAUGGAAUUUGUCGUGAUCACUUAAGGAUCUCAUCACUGACUGCCGAACCUGUUAGUUUCGAAUGCACUGUAAUGCUGAGCUAUUUCAGUGGCGGUGCAGUAAAUUAUUUUUGUUUCAAAUAGGAUUAGUUCGAUCUUCAUUGUCUUCAAGGGUUGUUUGAAUAAAGGAAAG